CCUAUCAACUCCCACUCUACAUUAACUACUUCCACUUACUCAAAUCCAACGACAUAAACACAACAUCAUCACAUCCAGCAUGCCAGAUCUGAUCCUUGAGGAAGAAAAAGAAGUUUCUCAAGGCUGCCUAUAAAGGGGGCAUGCCAUGGCCCGCCCACAGGCCAAUACAGUGGGAAUGUCUCGAGAAGUUAGAAUACAGUGAGCCUGCCUCGCUUUCCUUUAGUUUAUAUCCUCUCCUCGCUCCACUGCUACCCCUUCGAGUCUCCACCACUUGUAUAUUUCCUUCGACCGCCCUUUCCUCCAAAGAAAAGGUGGAACAAGUCCAAGCAACGACAAUGACUCCAUCAGAGGAACGGGAGGCCAUUGAGGAAGAAGAGGUGUCCCUUUCGCCCUCGGAUCUCCCGGUGGCCGCCGACAAAGAUGAUGAUGGCGAGUGCAAGUCCAGCGACGCUGAGGAGGACUUCGAGUUCCGGAUAUCGGUGGCUGGAGGCCUCCUUUCCCAUGCGGCCGAGACCGACAUGUGCGCGGCCGAUGAAGUGUUCUUCCAGGGCCAGAUUCUUCCACUGCGGCCCUCCGUUGGCUCCGACAGCGGAUUCUUCGUCGCCAGCCGGCCACCGAGCCGGAGCAGGUCGAUGUCCGACUCACUCGACCAGUAUUCCACUACCGUUCUGGGAUUGGGCUUCAACAGCACGAGUCGGAGUAAUAGCAGCGGCAGCAGCAGCAGGAGCAGCAGUGGCUGUGUGAGUAGGAGUCAUUCGUCGAACAGUCAUGGAAGCAGCACCUGCGAGCACCCCCGGGUAUCACUGUCCAACAACUUCUACGCUCAUCCAAGUCCCACGCCGCAGGUUCGCAUCCUAAGGAACGCCCACGCGCGGCGGAGGAGCACAAGUUCUGCGCCACCAGGGUGGGGGAUCUUCCGGUUGGGCAUCGCCAAGGCCCCCGAGAUCGAAUUAUACGACAUCAGGUCGCGAAGGUCGAACAGCGGCAGUGUCAGCGGCAGGAAGAGCAAUGCCGACGCCGAGGAUGCAAAGAAGGCUCUAAGAGGUACAAACCGUAGUACUUCAAAGAAUCCCGCAGAUGUCCAGAAGAAGGCAGCGUCCCAGGCCGCCGGGCGUGGGUUCAGCUGCAAGUGCUCCCCGGACGCGCUGGAGCCGGUCGCCAUACCGAAGCUGGGGGUCACAAAGAAGAAAAAGGAGCAGCAGACCACGCACAGGAGUAGAGGAGAAUUGAAUGGUUGAAGGGUCUCUCGACUGCAAAGGCAACAGGAAGAUGAGAUGCAUGGUGGUCAAAGAGCUGGUUUGACUCGUCCACCAUCUGGCUUCUCAUUUGCAUUGUCUUCUUUUUCUCUUCUUUCAUCUCUUGGAGUACUCCAAUGCAUAA